AUGCUACAGUACGAAUACGAGCCAGAAAUGCUGAUCGAAGCCGUGAAAAAACGCCCGGGACUGUGGGACUACGACAAUCCCGACUAUAGGCUCAAAGCGCUUCGCCAUAAGCUAUGGGUGCAAGUGGUGAAGGAAGUGGCCGGGACCGACGCAGAUAUCUCCAAGAGCGACAUGCGCGAGUUAGAAUUACAACUGCAAAAGAAAUGGAAGAGCAUCAGAGACAACUUUCAGAAGUACGUCGCGAAUCCGAGCCGCACUAGGAAGCCGUACGUCUACUGUAGGCACUUGGAGUUCCUCUUAAAGAGACGUAAGACCAAGAAGGACGGAGAAAACGAGCAACCAGAAAUACCACCUAGAGCUUGGAAGACGGUGAGAAAGAUAAAACUUACAAGGGUGAGCUCAGACGAAGAGCAGGACUUCUAUUAUGAUGAUCUGCCGCAAGAGCCUUCGGAGGUGGAAAUCACGCCUACGAAGCCAACAGAUACAGAGUUCGUUUUCGCAAGCGUGGACGGCAAUAACAAACCGGCGAGCGAAGGCAACGACGACUCAGACAAAAUGUUCCUUCUAUCCCUGCUGCCCCAUCUCAAGGCCAUACCGGAGGAGAACAGAUUAGGCGUCAAAAUGGAGUUGAUGCAAGUACUCCGAAACUCUACAAACACGUGA